AUGAGGCUCUCAAGGCUGAAGGUGACGCUUUGUCCGAUCGUCGUGUGUGUGUUAGCGGCUGCAGCUGGACGGGCCGAAGGAAAAUGCUCCAUAACGCAGUUCCAAUGCGCCGAUGGAGAUCAUUGUAUCGACAAGGAAUGGGUCUGUGAUGGGGAAGACGAUUGCCCCGAUAACUCCGACGAACAGUCAUGUUCUCAGAAGAAACAAUGUCCAGAAAACCAAUUACGAUGUAAAAACGGACGAUGUCUGUCUCAAAAUUGGCUAUGCGACGGUCAGGACGACUGUGGGGACAACACGGACGAGUCCGACGAAUAUUGUGCCAAUCGUAAAUGUACAAAGGACGAAUUCCGAUGCACAGAACCAGAUGGUCGGUGCCUGAAGAAGAGAUUCCGUUGCGACGGUCGUCAAGAUUGCAAAGACGGCGCUGACGAGCUCGGAUGCGUCCGACCUACGUGCUCUUCCGUUCAAUUCGAAUGCCACCAUGGAGGCUGCAUCAGCAUAAAAUGGGUUUGCGACGGUGACGAAGACUGUCACGACGCGUCGGACGAGGUGGACUGUGAAAGACCGAAGAAUUGCUCUUCGAAGCACUUCCAAUGCGCCAAUGGGAAGUGUGCGAUGUUAGA